CAAUUAGCUUCCAAUUGUUUUGGUUAAUACAAUACAUUGAAAGAUACAAUUCUGUAAGGAAAUCAGCAAACGACCCCUUGUUAUGGGUCCUCACUGCCUAGAGUACUGUCUGAAACCCGAAAUACUCAGCAACUGGAAGCUGACAUGACUGUAGUGAUUGGAUUUGAGGGUAGUGCCAACAAGAUUGGUGUGGGCAUUGUGAGGGAUGGGGAAGUACUCUCAAACCCCAGACGCACCUACAUUACACCCCCUGGUCAAGGGUUCCUGCCUAGUGAGACAGCCAGACAUCACCGCAGUGUCAUCCUAACAGUUCUGAAGGAGGCGCUGGAGGAGGCAGGGCUGAAGCCUGCUGACGUUGACUGCGUGGCAUACACAAAGGGACCAGGGAUGGGUGCCCCCUUGGUGACAGUGGCUCUGGUGGCGCGCACAGUGGCCCAGCUGUGGGGGAAGCCUCUCCUGGGUGUCAACCACUGUAUUGGCCACAUUGAGAUGGGCCGCCUCAUCACUCAAGCCAAUAACCCCACUGUGCUCUAUGUCAGUGGAGGUAACACACAGGUGAUUGCAUACUCUGAGCGGCGCUACAGGAUAUUUGGUGAGACCAUCGACAUUGCAGUGGGCAACUGCCUGGACAGGUUUGCCAGGGUGAUAAAGAUUUCCAAUGAUCCCAGCCCUGGGUACAACAUUGAGCAGAUGGCCAAGAAAGGUACACAGUAUGUGGAGCUUCCAUACACGGUGAAGGGGAUGGACGUGUCAUUCUCUGGGAUUCUAUCCUAUAUCGAGGAAGCAGCUGGGAAGAUGUUGAAAUGUAAUCAGUGUACAGCAGAAGACCUGUGCUUCUCCCUACAGGAGACCCUGUUUUCCAUGCUGGUGGAGAUCACAGAGAGGGCCAUGGCUCACUGCAGCUCCCAGGAAGUGCUCAUCGUUGGAGGCGUUGGCUGUAAUCUGCGUCUGCAGGAGAUGAUGGGAGUCAUGUGCAAGGAGAGGGGUGCAAAGCUCUUUGCUACAGAUGAGAGCUUUUGUAUCGAUAAUGGAGCAAUGAUUGCACAGGCUGGCUGGGAGAUGUUCCGAUCCGGUCAGACAACUGAGCUGUCAGACUCAUGGAUCACUCAAAGGUCGACCAUAUUGUGCUGUCAUCCAGUGACAAGAGAAACAUUGUUGUUGGCAGGUACAGAACAGAUGAAGUGGAGGUGACCUGGAGAGAUUGACAGCUCACUACCCAACAGGCUGCAACUUGCACCAACCUUCCCUUUACCUGGAUUGUAUGUGUUGUGUCAUGAUGGGAAAGAAUGUAGAAAUAUUCUAUGCCUCACUUCUAUCGUUCUGAACUCCUCAACACAAGUUUUUAGCCACACUCAUUAGUAUUUUAGGCCUAGAUUAAAUCCGGACUGCAGAAAAUCUGCGCUAUAGUGCGAUUGAAAUGUAAAGGCAAUGUUCCCGCAUUUGGAGAAAACACCUUUAUCUUUUGAUCUUUUUUGGCUUUCUCUAGCGCUGGAUUCAAUCUGUAUCGCAGAAGAUCCGCAUUAAAAUAAGUCAUUUCUGAUUGAGCCAAGAUAUGCAGCGUUUACCGUAAAUGAAGUCUCCGAACGCGGGAACUAUGCCUUUAAAUGUCAAUAUAAUGCAGCUCUUCCGCGAUACGGAUUUAAUCCAGCCCCUAGUCCACAAUAUAGCCGCGUUUAUACCUGGUGUUAACGUGUCCUUAUCUUGUCAACAUUCUGAUUGUGCAAAUAUAUUUUUUAACAAGUGUAUACGAUUAAAAGAAGUACCUCCGGA